AAGAAGAGGCAGAGCAGAACUCUGAGUAAGAAUGGGAAAGGGCAGUUUAGAGGUUUUGAAUAGUUGUGCCUCAGACUGGGCUGUUGGAAUAGCACUGACCCUUUCCAGUGAAAGUUCGGCUGCUCACUUCGUUAGCACCUGGCUUGGGAAGUCAGGCUAAUAAUGGUGUUUGUUAGCAUUUGACUUUCUGUUAGGAGUGUUGCUUGGUUGUUCUCUUCUAUCGUCAGGUCAUUGAGAAAUAAAGAGAGUUUGGAAGUGAAUUUUAUUUAACAAACUGGAAUCAGGAAUUCCUGUGCCUCUCGUGAAAACUUGGAGUAACUCAAAUCGUGAGAGUCCAAUUUCCAGUCACAGGCAAUGAAAUUUGAACCUGUGUAGGAAAUGCAAUCCCUGUGCUGAUGUCACCCUCUGGUUUAUGAUGUGACUGCUUUUGUUUCUGGGCAAGCACUCGAGCGUUUUGCUGGCGAAGUGAUGAUUUACUAGCGAGAGCCCCUCGCUCGCCGCACCUGCUCUGACUGUCUGCGGUGGGAGUCAGCCGGAGAGCCGCCCUCGCGCUGCUGCUGCUCUGCCUGGGCUGGGAUUUGGGCUGAUCCAUCGCAGGCAGCAAUGCAAGCAGGUGAAGGAGGCCCCCAGACCGGCACCAUGACGGAGUGCUUCGACUGCGACAACUGCAAGGAGUCCCUGUACGGGCGCAAGUACAUCCAGAUGGACAACGGCCCGUACUGCAUCCCCUGCUACGACGCCCACUUCGCCAACACCUGCGACGAGUGCAAAGAGCUCAUCGGCCACGACUGCAGAGAGCUGUACUACGAGGAUCGCCACUACCACGAGCACUGCUUCCGCUGCUUCCGCUGCGACCGCUCGCUGGCCGACGAGCCCUUCACCUGCCAGGACGAGGAGCUGCUGUGCAACGACUGCUACUGCAGCGAGUUCUCCUCCAAGUGCAUCGCCUGCGAGAAGACGGUCAUGCCAGGGUCCCGCAAGCUGGAGUACAACGGACAAACCUGGCACGAGCACUGCUUCAUAUGCAGCAGCUGCCAGCAGCCCAUCGGGUCGCGAUCCUUCAUCCCAGACCAGAAGGAUUAUUACUGUGUCCCCUGCUACGAGAGCAAGUUUGCUCCUCGCUGCACUCGCUGCAAAAAGACCCUGACCAAGGGAGGAGUGACCUACCGGGACGAGCCAUGGCACAAGGAGUGCUUCGUCUGCACGGGCUGCAAGACCCCCCUGGCUGGCCAGCAGUUCACCUCCCAGGAUGACAACCCCUACUGCAUCAAGUGCUUUGGAAACCUCUAUGCCAAGAAGUGCAGUGCCUGCACAAAGCCCAUCACAGGCUUUGGUGGAGGUAAAUAUGUCUCCUUUGAGGACCGUCACUGGCACCAUAAUUGCUUUAACUGCGCCCGCUGUAACACCUCGCUGGUCGGGAAGGGCUUUAUCCCUGACAACGAUGAGAUCCUGUGCCGCGACUGCAGCAGCGACCUAUGAGCCUCCGACGACACCGUGGGGCAGGGGCUUUCUCUAUUCUUCAGGGUCUUUGUGCCAGAAACCCCUGACAGCAUUUCAGGGGCCGGGCACAAGGCGUAGGAGAUGAGGGCUGCCCCCGAACCACGGUGUGUGUUCAGGAGGUUCCUUGUGCCCCUCCCUGAAGGCUAGAGUAUGCUAUGCUAAGGCUCUGUGCAGAGCCAAAGCUAAAUAAAGUUGAAAAAAAGGAGCUUCAAGAUCCCCCAUUAUUUACUCUUUCCUUUUGCUUCCUGUCUGACCGGGCACGAGCUGAGCAAAGGGCGGCAGCAGCGGCUUCAGCGCUGGGCUGCUGGGUCUGCACGCUGGCAGCAUGCAUUCGCUCCCCUUGGCACAGCACCGAGCCUUCUCUUUUCCCCGGGUGCUCCCCUCGCUCUGCGUGCUGUAAGGCUGCAGCUCCCUGUCCACGCGGCUUGGCCCUUCAGCCCGUGCCCUGGGUGGUUUUGCAGCACAGCCUUCCCCGCUUCCCCGCGCCGCUGCACCGCCCACGCAUGCAAGGCUCUCUGCCCUAUUUUGGGAGGUUUGGGGACACCAAGGCUGGAGCGUGGCCAGGAGCAGAGCAUGUCACCCGAUGAAAUCCACCUCUGGAUCUCUGUAGCCACCUUGCUGCCUGUGUGCCAGGCCCUUUUCUCGGCGUGGCUCGGUGGCAGAGCGCUCACUUAGGAGCAGAAAGGGAGCUGGCAGCGCUCACAGGUCUGGAGCGCUCUGUCCCGAGCCCCUGCCUGCCCCAGCCGUGCCCAAGCAGGAGCCCAUGGGUCCGAGCCACUGCUUGUCCCCGAGGCACCUCUGGCCAAGCCCCAGGGACACGCAGGGCUCCAUCUGUCACGGUGUCCCCAGCUUGUUCCUGCCAGCGCUGAGCAUCCGCGGUGUGCACGGGGCUCCUGGGGAGGGGCUUUGUGUCUCCAAGCCCCUGCUUUGUCCUAACUGCGUACAACAGGACGCCCUGAGCUCACCCAAGGGCUUCUGCCAUCCUUGCCUGGUGGCUGGGCUGGCCCGGGGCCCCCCCAGAGCCCCUCUGCAGGGGGGUGCUUGUGCCUGCCUCGUCGCCAUCCCCCCUGCUCUGUCCUGCUCAGGGUUACUUGUCCCAGCCCUGCUUUCCUGCUUAGACCGCCACAUGCUUCUCUGAAGGCAUCUUCUUGUGUUUUUUGUUUUUUUUUUCUCCUUUUGUACUCUUUUGUCAUGAAUAUCUGUCAUUUUGUAACCAGCUGCGGGAUGAAGGGGCUAGCCCCCCUGCCCAGGAUUCAUGUAGGAGUAAAAAAAAAAAAGUUAUGCAUGUUGAAGUGUUAUUAACUCUGUAUUCUGAUCCCUGUUGAACCCUCGUUUGAAAGCUUUGAUGCAGGCAAAUCAGAGUUUGUGUGUUUGCUACUUUGAGGUGCUUGGAGCAGUCUCUAGAAGGAAGUGUCCUAAACCUCAGCCUCCUGUAUGUUUCCUACGGCUUUCCAUAAUAAACUGUUUUAGUGACACUC